AUGGAAUCGUCUCGCUACAUAAAUACUAAUUACAGCAAUAUCAAUACUUGCUCUUCUAACUUAAAUAAUACUGAGUCUUUUAUUCAGUCACCUACUACAAAAUCAAGAGAAUUAGAUAGAGAAAACAGAAUGCUCCGCAAUCAAAUCAAACAGCUAGAGAAUUCAGUGAAAUAACUGCAUUAAAAUAGUUCAAGAAGGCCGAAGUAUCACCUUAAAGAUGAUAAAUAUGACUUUGGUGAGAAUAUAGAUUAGGAAAUCUAUUCAUCAGAUAAAAGCUCAGAAAAGAAUAAUAAUGAUUUCAGAUCACCUCUUAAUGACAGAUAAAGCGUACUCAUAUAAAAUCUGCAGUCUUCUUUAAGUCCAUAAUAAAAGUAUCAAAAUACUAUUGAGAACUACAAGAACUAGAUUUAGCAUAUGAGAAAUUAUCUAAGAGACUUGGAAACUAAAUCAAUUACUCCUAGCAGGUCUCAAAAUACAAAAAGACUGCUUAAUAAUAACUAGGCAACAACCACUAUUAAUGAUGAUAUGACAACUUAGCCCCAUACUUAGGAGAAAGACAAUUCAUAAGUUCAAAAGCUAAGCGUAAAUGUCAUACCUAUAAAAGGAAACAUUGAAAAUAAGAAUUUAGAACCAUAGUACUGUAGUUUAAGAAGCUCAUAGAAACUAAUAAUUGAAAAUAAAGAGAACUAAUCAUAUACAUUUAAAGAUGAGCAAAACUCUAAAGAUAAUAACUAUAAGAGAACAUAGAAAGAAUUAGACUUUAAGAGUAAUUAUUGGAGAAGAAAAACAUCUCAUCUUAUGAAUGCACAGACUGAUAAUAAAGAAGAUAUCAAAUCUACUUAACUAUCAAUGCAGAAUACACAAGAGUUUAAUCGAAGCAUGAACAAUAGCUAGCUCACAUCACACACAGACAAAUAUCAAAAGGAUGAUUUUAAUCAAACAUAGACUCAACCCUACUAUGAAAGUAAAAAAUUGUAUCAAAAUGAAGGUAGAGGUAGUUAGAGCUUUAAUAAUGCUGAUCUAAAUGAAGAGAUUAAUCAGAGUAAUGACUAUGAAUCAUUCUAUUAUUAGAAAGAAUAACCCAGAGUAUUCCCAGAAAACCUUAGAAUCAAGGAUUCAUCUAUCUAGUUGUACUAUCAAGAAAAUCUACUCUAAAACGAACCCAUCAUAAGUCCUUACUCAAACAGUAAUAACGAUUCAGUUAUUAAUCAUAUAAGUAAUUAACUUACGAAAAAGCAUUCCAAGACUAACAGUAUCCACAGUCAUUAUACUCAUGAUAAAUCUUUGAACUAAACAGGAAAAUUUAAAGAAAGUGGUUAUAACUCUAUUCAUUAAUCUCAAAGAUCAAUAAAUAAAGAAAAUAAUAACAAUAUCAGCAAUGACUAUAUCUUGAAAGAGUUAUAAAAGCUAUAAAAUGAAAACAAGGAACUCAGAGAGUUAGUCUUAUAAGGUAAAGAUCUUAACAAGUAAUAGAUCAAUUAGUAAAGCUAAGAAUUUAGAGUUAAUGAGUAUAAUGAAAGUAUAAAUCAUCAAAGAAGUGGUCCUAUCACACCGUACUAGUAAUAACAGUAAUUCAAUAUGAGUGACCAGCAUAUUCGUAUUCCAUAAAUAACAGACAAAUAAACUUUUGAGACUCUUUAAUCAGAUGAUCACAAGUUGUUGCCAAACUAUUUUAUCAGGCAGGAUGAUUAAUCCUAGAAUAUAACCAUUACCUAAAGAGAUAAUAUCAGAAAUAAUAGUCAUAUUAUGAAAGACUAAGCUAGCAAGCAAAACAUAAGGCAAAGAAGUUCCUCAAAAAGUAGAAUCGCUGAGAAAUCAAAUAAAAAGAAGGUCAAGAAAUGUUAGAGACAUCUUAAGAAUUGUGAAGAGUGCAAGUACUGGAAUACUUAAAUACUAAAAUAUUAAGAUAAGAUUGAUUAGCACCUCAAGGAAGUAGUAUUAAGGAUCAAUCGCAAAAAAGAACUAAAAGAUAGAAAAAAGUCUACUGAUAAAUCUCUCAUCAACAUUACUCCUAGUAAACUAAAUAAAAACAUGAAGAAAUAAGUAAAAAGUCGUGGUAGCUCUGCAAUAGGCAGUAGAUAUACAUCUAUGAGGCAAAAAAGCAAUAACCCAUCAAACUUAACUACAAUUGAGGAUCAAUCUAGAUCAAGAAGAAAGAGUGCUAGCAAAAGAUAGAGAUGCCAAAGAUGUAUCUAAAUGAUAGCAAAUGGAGUUCCCAAUCAUAUUUAACAAAAUAUUUGUGGAUGCAACAAACCAACGAGCAAAGAAAGGUUUGAUAAAAGUGGAAUAUAUUAAUAAAGAAAACCAAGUCGAGAUCUCUCCCCAUAUAACUCAAGUAAAACAAAAAUAAAAUAACAUAGAUUAUGA